AUGAAUCCAGCCUUUAAUCAUCUUCGCCAUCGAGGUUGGCAAAAUUCACAGUUUCAUCACGCGUCAGGGUCGCCGUUCCAAGUGUCCCAUCAAACAACCUACCACAACUUCUCCCCUCCACCGCCAUUGCCUCUACCGCCCCCGAUACCUCCUGCGGCGUCAUUGCCAAUCACCUACUACGAUACAAACGGCUCCUACUACCACGCAUCACAGUACAACGCGGUACAAAGUCCUUGGAAUGUGAACAUGAGCCACUACGCUCCUGACCCCCAGCAACUACAGUCUGGGUACUAUGACACCCAGUUUUCAGUACCGCCAACACCAAACAACGGCUAUCAUCUCCAGGACAAGUCAGACACACUUCCCCUUUCAUAA